GUAUCUAGACAGAAAGCUAUAGUCUCUAAUCUGACAUCAUGAACUGGCUUUAUAUCCUUUUAUUGGCCCUUUGGUCAACUUUCAAUUCAGACACCACCUCCUUCCUCAUCUACAACGAGGACCACAACAAAUGCAUGCAUGCAGUGAAUGCUACUGUGGUACAGGCUGCACCAUGUGAUGCAUCAUCUAAGGCUCAGCAUUUCAAAUGGCUUUCCUCUUCACAAAUCAUCAGCCUCUCUUUUAAUCUCUGCUUGGGGUCAGAGAAGAUCAAAAACUGGGUCAAAAUUAUCCUUCUGCCCUGCAAUGAUAGCAGUCCAGUGCAAACCUGGGAAUGUAAACGUAAAUGCUUGUUUGGUUUAAAGGGACAACCACUGCAUCUGAACUAUGGACAUAAUGGAAGUGAUAUUAUGUUGUACACAGGAACAGGUGUUUGGAGUCACUGGCAGAUUUAUGUGACCAAAGAAAAUUUGUGUUCUCGUGGAUAUCAAGAUGUCCCAGUGCCCAACAUUACAGUGUUCAGGCAGAUGGAGGACAAAGAGUACAUGAUUGUCAUGUGUUUAUUUGGAAGGAGGCACAUUGAGAGCUCUUUCCACCUGUUCCUGGAGGGUGAACACAACUAUACCCUGAACAACCCACUGUGCUAUUCAAAUGAAAAGUGUGUGUUUGAAAUGAAAGUGAGUCCACCGGUUUCCUUCACCUGUGAGCACAAGAUUCAUUCUGUUGAGAGCCAUCAGAGUGAGACCUACACCUACAGCCCAUCUGUGCAACCCACUGACUCGAGCACACCAUAUUGCCAGACGCAGAAUUUUGCUGAAGGUCAUGAUGAGGAAGGAGUACCUUUAUUCUACAUUUGCUUUUUUUCCUUUAUUACUGUUGGUCUCUUCAUCAUGACUGCAGCAGUAAUUGUGACCACCAUCAGGAGCAAAACCAAAGGUUCAAUGAUUACUGUGACAGAUCAUGACUAUACUGAGGCAUAAGAGGGCAUCAGAGUUUCUGAAGAUAAAAGAACUGCAACCAAUCAAUUCACACUGAUCAAAUACAUUUCUGCAUGCUGAACUAUAAUACUAUAAAAUACUCUUCCGACAUUCAAGUAAAUUACCAAUUAUAUAUAUAUUUUUUAUCUACAUCUUAUUUUAUUUUAUUCACAAUGUACGACUAUGAAUUAAAUGUCUAUUCUCUACUGUUCUGGAAUAUUAUGCUGCUUUAGUCUUGAAAGUCUGUAUAGAAAAUAU